AUGAGGAAGCGGACGGAGCCGGUCGCCUUGGAGCAGGAGCGCCUCGUCGCCCUGGGCUCGCCUUCCUCCGGCGUGACCGCCCCGGUGCUGGACGCCGACUGCCGCCUGAAGCGCAACUUGCGUUUGGCGGGCAAGGCUCCGGCUGAGCCGCGCUGCGCCGCCGACGCGGGCAUGAAGCGGGCGCUGAGCAGGCGAAAGGGCAUGUGGUUCCAACUGAGGAAGAUACUUCUAUGUAUUUUGGGAUUAUAUAUUGCCAUUCCAUUCCUCAUCAGACUAUGUCCUGGGAUACAGGCCAAAUUGAUUUUCUUAAAUUUUGUGAGAGUUCCCUAUUUCAUUGACUUGAAAAAACCACAGGAUCAAGGUUUGAAUCACACCUGUAAUUACUACCUCCAGCCAGAAGAAGACGUGACCAUUGGAGUCUGGCACACUGUCCCCACUGUCUGGUGGAAGACCGCCCAGGGGAAGGACCAGAUGUGGUACGAGGAUGCCUUGGCUUCUAGUCACCCUGUCAUCUUGUACCUGCACGGGAAUGCAGGCACCCGAGGAGGUGACCACCGAGUGGAGCUUUACAAGGUGCUGAGUUCCCUUGGUUACCACGUGGUCACCUUUGACUACAGAGGUUGGGGUGACUCAAUAGGCACACCGUCAGAGUCGGGCAUGACCUAUGACGCACUCCAUGUAUUUGACUGGAUCAAAGCAAGAAGUGGAGACAACCCUGUGUAUAUUUGGGGCCACUCCCUAGGCACUGGAGUGGCAACGAAUCUGGUGCGGCGCCUCUGUGAGCGAGAGACGCCUCCAGAUGCCCUUAUAUUGGAAUCUCCAUUCACUAAUAUCCGCGAAGAAGCCAAGAGCCAUCCGUUCUCAGUGGUAUAUCGAUUCUUCCCUGGGUUUGACUGGUUCUUCCUCGAUCCCAUUACAAACAGUGGAAUUAAAUUUGCAAAUGAUGAAAACGUGAAGCACAUCUCCUGCUCUCUGCUCAUCCUGCACGCCGAGGACGACCCGGUCGUGCCCUUCCAUCUUGGCAGGAAGCUCUACAACAUCGCUGCCCUAUCGCGAAGCUUCCGGGACUUCAAAGUUCAGUUUAUGCCCUUUCACUCAGACCUCGGCUACAGGCACAAGUACAUCUACAAGAGCCCUGAGCUUCCUCGGAUACUGAGGGAAUUCCUCGGGAAGUCGGAACCUGAGCUCCAGCACUGA